GGCCGCGUAUGGCCUUUAUUGUGAAGUGUAUUGCGCCAGACACACUGUCCUACUCUCGAUAGCGCGGCUAGCCUGGUUAGUGUUGGCCAAAAUGUACUCUUAGUUAUUACAGGACAAUGAAGGUCCACAAGUUGAAAGUUGGAGAGGUAUGUCACUAAGUACUUGACAUUAAAUGUCAAAUUAAAAAUGUUUACGGCGUGGUGCAACUUCACGUCACACGUUAUCUGUAAGCAGUUACUUUGGGCAGACUGAAUAAGGAUGAGUUUAAUCAGGGAUUCUUAUCGGCACAGGUUGCUUUUUAUGAGGAUUUGGGGACUGUGUAAGAUUCAGUCAGUGGACUCCCAGUGCGUUUUCUACCAUGAUAAGAGUAGCAACAGCUGGGGAGCGAGCAGAAUGCAAAAUAGCUCCAGCCUGCAUCACAAGUCUCAAGGAGGAGUGCAGCACAAUGAGAGACACCGGUACAGACUAUCAUCUGAACUUCAGAAGCUGUCUCUGGAGGACUCUUCGUCUGAGAGGGGGAAACCUGCGAGACACACCUCAUCACCGGACUCGGCAGACGACCUUGACAUUGUCUUCGGCAUAGCUCCUUGCCUCCUGGCUCUCACUCAGGGUCGCAGGAAGGCCUUCAAACUCUUUGUGAAAGAUGGCCAGGCCUCUCAGAGGGCCUCCUUGGUGAAGGUGUGCGAGGAGGCUCAUCAGCGAGGAGUUCCGGUCAAGCGAGUCAGUAAGAGGGACCUGAACAAGAUGUCUUCUGGUGGAGUUCACCAGGGAGUUUGUCUGCGAGCCACUCCACUGAGCUACCUGACCGAAGACUCGACCCCCAGCACAAAGUCCAAACCGCUCUGGCUCGUCCUGGACGGGAUUCAAGACCCCAUGAAUCUCGGAGCGAUCUUGCGCUCGGCGUACUUCCUCGGCGUGGACCGAGUGGCCAGCAGUCUUCGCCGCAGCUGCCCUUUGACCCCUGUGGUCAGCAAGGCCAGCGCAGGCGUCAUGGAGGUGAUGGGGGUGCACGGCUAUGAAGACCUGGAGGACAUGGUCGUGGACAAGGUGGCACAGGGCUGGCAGGUGGUGGGCACGGUGGCGGCUGAGGCGCGGGCAGCACACGUUCCCAUCACGCCGUGUUCGCACUUCCUGAUGAACAAACCCACGCUGCUGUUGAUUGGAGGAGAAGGGGAAGGACUGUCCCAGAAGAUGCUCUCUCUGUGCCAGAUGCUGGUGAGCAUUCCAGCGGGAAGAGAGCUACUGCCUGGCGUGGAGUCGCUCAACGUGUCCGUGGCCACUGGCAUCCUGCUACACUCACUGCUGACCACCACGAGAACGCUGUGACACUCAAGUUCCACACGUUUAUAAAGACACAUUUGAAAAACAAAUAA